AUGUCGGCCCACCACCUCAAGCUCAACCUCGACAACACAGAACUGCUUUCACUCCUGAGGAAGGCGUGCCCGCUCAAAGACCUCUCCAUCACGGUUGACAACUCCACAGUGUCGCCCUCCCAGAGUCCAAAGAACCUUGGCGUGACCCUGGACAACACCCUGUCGUUCUCUACAAACAUCAAAGCAGUGACUCGCUCCUGCAGGUUCAUGCUCAACAACAUCUGUAGAGGACAACCCUUCCUCACACAGGAAGUGGCGCAGAACGCUGCAGCCUGCCUGUUUUUCAAACGAGCCAAGUUCCUCCUGUCACCCUGCUCCUCCAUGUCACCCUGCUCCUCCAUGUCACCCUGCUCCUCAUGUCACCCCCCUGCUCCUCAUGUCACCCUGCUCCUCAUGUCACCCCCCUGCUCCUUAUGUCACCCUUCUCCUCAUGUCACCCCCUGCUCCUUAUGUCACCCCGCUGCUCCUUAUGUCACCCUUCUCCUCAUGUCACCCUUCUCCUCAUGUCACCCUUCUCCUCAUGUCACCCCCUGCUCCUUAUGUCACCCCGCUGCUCCUUAUGUCACCCUUCUCCUCAUGUCACCCUUCUCCUCAUGUCACCCCCUGCUCCUUAUGUCACCCCGCUGCUCCUUAUGUCACCCUUCUCCUCAUGUCACCCUGCUCCUCAUGUCACCCCCUGCUCCUUAUGUCACCCUUCUCCUCAUGUCACCCCCUGCUCCUUAUGUCACCCCCCUGCUCCUCAUGUCACCCUGCUCCUCAUGUCACCCCCUGCUCCUCAUGUCACCCCCUGCUCCUUAUGUCACCCUUCUCCUCAUGUCACCCUGCUCCUCAUGUCACCCCCUGCUCCUCAUGUCACCCCCUGCUCCUUAUGUCACCCUUCUCCUCAUGUCACCCCCUGCUCCUUAUGUCACCCUUCUCCUCAUGUCACCCCCUGCUCCUUAUGUCACCCCCCUGCUCCUCAUGUCACCCUGCUCCUCAUGUCACCCCCUGCUCCUCAUGUCACCCCCUGCUCCUCAUGUCACCCUUCUCCUCAUGUCACCCCCUUCUCCUCAUGUCACCCCCUGCUCCUUAUGUCACCCUUCUCCUCAUGUCACCCCCUGCUCCUCAUGUCACCCUGCUCCUCAUGUCACCCUGCUCCUCAUGUCACCCCCUGCUCCUCAUGUCACCCUUCUCCUCAUGUCACCCUGCUCCUCAUGUCACCCCCCUGCUCCUCAUGUCACCCUGCUCCUCAUGUCACCCUGCUGCUCCUCAUGUCACCCUGCUCCUCCAUGUCACCCUGCUCCUCAUGUCACCCUGCUGCUCCUCAUGUCACCCUGCUCCUCAUGUCACCCCACUGCUCCUCAUGUCACCCUGCUCCUCAUGUCACCCUGCUGCUCCUCAUGUCACCCUGCUCCUCAUGUCACCCCACUGCUCCUCAUGUCACCCCCUGCUCCUCAUGUCACCCUGCUGCUCCUCAUGUCACCCUGCUCCUCAUGUCACCCCCCUGCUCCUCAUGUCACCCUGCUCCUCAUGUCACCCCCUGCUCCUCAUGUCACCCUGCUCCUCAUGUCACCCCCUGCUCCUCAUGUCACCCCACUGCUCCUCAUGUCACCCUGCUCCUCAUGUCACCCCACUGCUCCUCAUGUCACCCUGCUCCUCAUGUCACCCCACUGCUCCUCAUGUCACCCUGCUCCUCAUGUCACCCCCCUGCUCCUCAUGUCACCCUGCUCCUCAUGUCACCCCCCUGCUCCUCAUGUCACCCCACUGCUCCUCAUGUCACCCUGCUCCUCAUGUCACCCCCCUGCUCCUCAUGUCACCCCACUGCUCCUCAUGUCACCCUGCUCCUCAUGUCACCCCCCUGCUCCUCAUGUCACCCUGCUCCUCAUGUCACCCCGCUGCUCCUCAUGUCACCCUGCUGCUCCUCCAGUCACCCUGCUGCUCCUCAUGUCACCCUGCUGCUCCUCAUGUCACCCUGCUCCUCCUGUCACCCUGCUCCUCAUGUCACCCUGCUCCUCAUGUCACCCUGCUCCUCAUGUCACCCCGCUGCUCCUCCAGUCACCCUGCUGCUCCUCAUGUCACCCCCCUGCUCCUCAUGUCACCCUGCUCCUCAUGUCACCCCCCUGCUCCUCAUGUCACCCUGCUCCUCAUGUCACCCCCCUGCUCCUCAUGUCACCCCACUGCUCCUCAUGUCACCCUGCUCCUCAUGUCACCCUGCUCCUCAUGUCACCCGGCUCCUCCAGACACUCCACUGGAGUUUGCAUCUUUGAAGAAUCUCAAACAUAA